CCUAGAGUACAAAAUUCACUAUUGGAAUGCAUUUUAAAAUAACUGUAAAGAACUUUUUUUCGAAGGCUAUUUUUUUUAACCUUUAGAAUUUUCUCUAGCCUUCAAAAUUGUAGUUUUAUUCUUGUGCAUCUCCACUGUUCGGUUUCUCAAUAUGUGGGAAACGGCUAACUUGCCACUCUAGAUUUAUUUUUAUGUUUAUAAGUGCAUUAUAUUUGUUAAUGAUGGACUUGUGCAGGAAUAUUAAGGUUAAUUCCUGACUUCCUAUUAUUCUGGAUAUGUAAGUGGUCUCUGUUGCUGAUGAGCCAGUAGCCUCAAGCUCGUACAACCAUUUAACUCUUCUUCUAGGUAUUACAUCAGAUAAAUCAGUAUAUUUAGUACAAGCCAGAACAAUCUCUAUGGAUCAGGGAGAAGGACAAAUCCAGUCAGAGUCUGACCUCUCUGAACUACCUUCGCCUCACAAUUAAAUCUGCUAACUAGGCAUAGAGCAGCACUUAAACCCAAGGUUGCAGUAGACAGAUAUUUGUUUCUGAUAGUAACUAGUUGGGAGCCUAUGUAUGAUCCAUAACCAAUGUGGAAUUGGAAGGACCACAAAGGCUCCGUCUGUACUUGGAUCUCAUCACUUUCCAGAUCUUUCAACCAGAGGUAAGUUUUAAAAUUUCAUUCAUUGUUUGAAAGUUUCGGUAAAACAAGCACCCAGAUUGCAGAUGUGUAUCUGGAAGUACUAAAUGUUUAAUUUUUUUUAAUGGUUUUUCUCUGAAACAAUUUGAUAAAUUCUGUGUAAUUCCUUAUUUAUUAUUAAACUUGGAAUGCAGCACUGCCAUUAAUAAUAACAGCAUUCCUCUCAUAGCUUGUUUCUAAUGUUUCGAUUAAAUAUUACAUACUUACGCUGUGGAUAAUACGAAGUUGGUUUCAAAUGAAUCUGUCAGAUGUUGAAUCAGUGAAUUACUGUUGGCGUUGAUUCUUUAUUUUAUCUUAUUUUUUCCUUUCCCCGUACUUUUACAUAUUCUUUCUGCUUGGAUACAAAAGCUGUUACCUUUGGAAUUAUCCCAUAUCCCCUGUAGGAAUAACUGGUUGUGAAAAAGCAUUCCAUUUACACAGAUUGCAGAAAAAGAAAUUCUUCCGCUUUCCCUAUUCAUUCUAGACCUAUCGUUGGAAACAAUACUUUAAUACUUCCUCUUUCAUGCUUUGAGUUAGGACUCAGAAAUCGAACAGAUCUUUAUUCCUCAGGCAGUUUUGACGUGAUAGUUCCUAUCCGUUUGUCUGACUUGUAUAGGCCACUGCAUUCACAUUUCCUCUUUGUGUUGUGCUUUCAGUAGCAUAUUCAUUCCAUUGUGAAGUUGAUGGUAAAGAAGUAUGGACUACUGGAACAUGCCUUUAAAUAGCCUCGGGGAAUUGACGCUGAAGAGAUUGAGCACAUAUCUGGACAACUGCACCAUGAAAGGGUGGAGGAAACUGGCUGAAACUGUAGGCGCAGACAGUCGGUUCAAGUGCAGUGAAAAGGAGCUGGAGACCUGCUCGCUGAAGGUUCUUGAUCCAGAUGGAAGCCCAAGUCGAUACUUUAUCCAAUUAAUUGCAGAGCGUGGCUGCUCUGUGAACUAUGUACUCAGCUGUCUGGACAAGAUGGGGCAUACAGAGGCGGUGCAGUGUGUGUUAUCAAUGGCCUUGGACACCAUACGAAUCAUUGUGCAGCCCAAGUCGCAGGAUGUCACCGUUGGAGACAGGGUGUCUCUCUACUGUCAAGCCACAGGUCCCCCAGGGCUCAGUUAUCAGUGGUUUCGAGGAAAGAACGAGGUCAAAGGUGGAAAUUCCUCCGAUCUUCUUUUUAAGUAUGUGGACCGCAGUGAUGCUGACUGGUAUGUCUGCAGAGUUCACUGUGGAACCCAGUAUUCAUUUUCUGAAUGGGCCCGGCUGCGUGUUUAUAGCAGCCCAACAACAGCGAAUAAACUCUGCAAGGUCAAUAUCUUGGUGCAUCCCAAUUCCCUGAGCCUGAAGGAGGGGGAUAACAUGAGGCUUUCGUGUUCAGCAGUGGGCAGUCCUCCGCCACAGUACCAGUGGUUCCGAAACAACCAGCUGUUGCCUGAGGCAAAUAAACCCGAUCUGGAGGUUAAAGGAGUCACAACUGCUGACCGUGGGAGAUAUUGCUGCCGUGUGUUCAAUCUUUACCAUGAGGUUUGGACCAGGGUCGCUGCAGUAGAGAUUGGACCCAACACUUCCUUCAAUGAUUCAUUUGCUGUGGUCGCUAAUGCAGUCUCCAGCCCUGGAGCACAGCUGAAGGUUGUCCAUCAUCCUACAUGCUUCUACGCUACAGACAAGGUUGCCCUGCUAAUGGGGAACAUGAAUUAUUUACAUCACAAGCAGCUGAAGGCUCCUAUGGUGGAUGUACAUGAGCUCACAAAUCUCCUUCGACAGCUCGACUUCAAAGUUGUGUCUUUGCUUGACCUCACCAGACUCGAGAUGCACAGAGCUGUCAAUGAAUUCCUGCUGCUUCUUGGCAAGGGAGUGUAUGGUUUGUUUUAUUACGCUGGUCAUGGAUAUGAAAACUAUGGGAACAGUUUCAUGGUUCCCAUCGAUGCUCCAUUUUCCUACACAUCUGAGCACUGUCUGUGUGUCCAAAAUAUUCUGCAGUUAAUGCAGGAGAAGCAAACGGGACUGAACAUCUUCCUUCUUGACAUGUGUCGCAAAAGGAACAUGCAUGAUGAAAUAAUUCCACAAAUGGAAUCCUUGAGAGUUACAGCAAACAUCGUUUAUGGUUAUGCCACUUGCCCAGAUGCAGAGGCGUAUGAGAUCAGCCAGGGUGAGAUCACAAAUGGAAUUUUCAUCAGUUUCCUGAAGAAGCGCUUACUGGAGGAUGAAAAGAUCACGGUGCUGCUGGAUAAAGUUGCAGAAGAUAUGGGAAAAUGUGAGCUUACAAAGGGAAGACAGGCUUUGGAGAUCCGGAGUAGCCUAUCAGAGAGACGGUCGUUAAGAGAUAAGAUCAACCCACCAGAUUAUUACGAUGAGUUUUCCGUCAGGAACUUGCAGUGGGCCAAGGCCAAUGUCCUACCAGAAAGCAAGUACAUCCAGUUUGAUUGUGGAGCCUUGAUUCGUCUAGGAUUUGCAGCAGAGUUUUCAAACAUUAUGAUUAUCUAUGCCAGCAUAGUUCAAACUCCCCAGCAAAUCAUUAAAUGUGAAGCCAGACUGACAGACUUUCCAGAGGACUUGGAUGUCAACCUCAAGCAGACCAACAAAGGCUGUCCAGAGGAGACAGGCAGUGUCUUCUUCUCAUUUAGCAGCUUUAACUUUCCAGAGCAGUGUCUCUACACCAGGCUUAGUGGUCUACAGAAACUAAGGAAAGAGCUGAGCUUUUCCAUCUGUCUACAUUAUCAGUACAAACAAAUGGAAGAUAUCAUAGAGGAGAAGAAAGAAGUGAAUAUUGGAAAGCCUCUUGUCUCUAAACUCAACCUGCAUGGAUCUGAGCAUCAGAGUGGCUACAUCUCAGUUUACAGCUCUUUACAAAGUUCUUCAAGUGAACCUACCCAGAUGCUGAUGAGCAAUUUAAGCCACACUUACUCUCUACCAGUCACUUCCAAGAGUUUGAACAGCUUUGAGGGUUAUACUGACUCAUACAGGUCAGGGGACAUGUGCACUUAUCAGUAUCGGAUCGCCAAGGAGCAACUAAGCCAAUACCAAAUAUCAUCAGCAGCUUCAUAUCCAUUCCGGGCCAAUGAAACCAAUGAGGAGACUAAUGCUCAGAUGAAGUCUCUGAGCCUCUCCUAGUGGUCAAGAGACUCUAUUCAGCCUUUGGGCAAGAGGAAGGGCAAUCAGCCCGAAGAUGAAGAGCUGCAUACCACUGCAAAGCACCUCCUUCGACAGAUACUAAUUCUUUGUAACUCAUAGCCCAUUAUAGUUCCACCCCCUCUUUCUCAGGGCCCUUUUCCUCAGCAUCAGACAAUCAUCUUACACUUCCUAGGAGGACCAUUCAGUGAUGAAGGAAUAUCCUGUUGCUAUUAACCCACAAUGACAAGCUUCAGAAACACUGGUUAAACCCAUCCUGUGGCUUACACUGGCAAAUGCCAAUCAAUAUCAGGGAACACAACUCAUCCAAUCAAAAUUAGCUGUGGUAUCCUCCUUUUUUGGGUGGGUGGGGGGGGGGUGGAGAUCCAUCUCUACCAGAGAAACUGUAAGGUGCUCCUUCCCCUCUGCUAGGCUGCAGGGCACUCUUGGGCAAGUUGUAACCCUUGCUUACUCACCCCCCCCCCCCACCCCGAGCAGGUGAUGGAUGAUUGUAUGAACUAAUGGCGCAUAUCAUAAGUCCUGGUAUGCAACCACUGAUUCCAAGCAGGCAAUCUCUGAAGAGUAGUGAUAAUAGCUGUGGUCACCCGUCUUGUAAAGACACUGCCCAGAGAAGGCAAUGGCAAACCACUUCUGUAGGAAUAUUUGCAGAGGGCAAUCAUGGUCAAAGACCAUAAUUGCCCAUGUGUGAUUUGCACAGCACAUGAUGAUGAUGAUGACGAUUCUCCCUUUUGAAAUUGGAUACUUUUACUCAAGUAUGUUAAGGGUUGUUCCCCUCUUGCUUCCCUGACUAUUUCCUGUGUCACUGAAUCAGACAAAAUCUGUUUGUUACGUCAAGAAUUUGUAUGAGUUAGCUGAUCCGACAAAGCCAGAGAUGAGGCACCAUUAUUGACCUGAGCAGCCUCGACUCUGGAGAAGUAAACUAGGCAGAAAUUCUUACGUCUAUCACCAUUCAAGUAUGAAUGUUGGGCAAGAACAGAAUCGGGCUUCACUACUGCAGGAUUUCCCUGGGCACACUGUCCACGUGCUUGGACGAGGGGAGAGGACGGGGUGCAAACCCUUUGAACUGCAGUGAGACAGAACCGUUGGUCAGAAAGAACUACAGUCUGCAAGCCAGUGAAUUCGAAUGAACCAAGGACAGUGGACGCUUACGGACCAAUUGCCUUUGUUCUUGCCACGAGGGAGGAGAUGAGGGCUGCCAUUAUAUGAAGAGUCUGUGUUCUCCAUUUUGUGUGUUAGUCACUUGGCUUGAUAGGUGUUAUAACGUCCACACAAUGAAGCCUCAGGUAAUCUGCUGAACUAGAGAUCAUUUCCAAAUAAGAAGUUACUUGUGAGGUCGUCUUUGGGUGGAUAUAAUAUGCCGGUUUGUGAACGUUGGUCUACGUGAUUCAAGCUGGAGCCUGGUUGAGAACAAAGAGCCAUAAAUUAUCCAAUUGUCACUUGCUGUGAAGGGGGCAAUAAAUGGAUGCUAGCCUGGAACAGAGCCAAUAAAAAGGUGUUAAAGGUCAGACAGAUGACCUACAACCAACAACACUGGAAUGUAAUAUUGGAAUUGGUAAGAAAUGAACUUAAAAGCAGAUGCUUCAAGUAUGCUGGCAGCGGUAACUCUGAGGGAGACCACCGAACACGAAUGUUUGGAGCCCCACGGACACAUGGAUAUUCAAAACAUGGCUACGGGAAACGUGGCCAGCAGCAGAAACUCAUUUUUAACUGGUAAUAUCUAUUUUUGUUCUUUGACUGUUCAUGGAAGGUCAGGAAAACUUAGCUGGUGUGCACACCGGUAUUGGCCGUGUAAGUUCACGUGGUUUUCCAUUGAGACAAUAAAGUAUUUAUCGGUAAUUACA